AUGCACAUCCAAUCCCUCGCCGUGCCCCUGCUGGCGGCGUCUCUGCCCCUCGUCUCCGCUCAGCUCGACUACUACGCGAAGAAGGCUGGUCUGCUGUACUUCGGUGCUGCGACUGACACUCCCGGGCAGCGUGAGCGUGCUGGUUUGGAGGCCUCCUACGAGCAGUACGAUGCCAUUCUUAACGACAUCAACGAGUUUGGCCAGACUACCCCGACCAACGGUCAAAAGUGGCUCUUUGUCGAGCCCGAGCCCGGUGUCUUCAACUUCACUGAGGGCGACAUCGUUACCUCCAUUGCUGAGAAGAACGGUCAGCUCCUUCGCUGCCACGCCCUCGUCUGGCACAGCCAGCUCGCCCCCUGGGUCGAGUCGACCGAAUGGACACCCGAGGAGCUCAGCGACGUGAUUGUCCGCCACAUCCAUGAGGUAGUCGGCCACUACAAGGGCAAGUGCUACGCCUGGGACGUCGUGAAUGAGGCCCUCAACGAGGAUGGCACCUACCGUGAGUCCGUCUUCUACACCGUGCUCGGCGAGGAGUACAUCAAGCUGGCCUUCCGCACCGCGGCCGAGGUCGACCCGAAGGCGAAGCUGUACUACAACGACUACAACCUCGAGUCCGUCGGUCCCAAGAGCGAGGGCGCCAGACGCAUCGUCAAGUUGCUCAAGGAUGAUGGUAUCAGAGUCGACGGUGUCGGCAUGCAAUCCCAUCUGGUUGCUGGCAGUGCACCGACUCUGGACGAACACAUCGCCGUCAUCCGCUCGUAUGCCGAGCUUGGUGUCGAGGUUUCCCUGACGGAGCUGGAUGUCCGCAUCGUACUCCCCGUCAACGAGACGAACCUCGAGUGGCAGAAGGAGGCCUACAAGAACGCUGUCGGUGCCUGCGUCCAGGUCUCUGCCUGCGUCGGUGUUACCAUCUGGGACUUCUACGACCCCUUCAGCUGGGUUCCCUACACCUUUCCGGGUCAGGGUGCCGCGCUUCUCUGGUUCGAUGACUUCAGCAAGCACCCCGCCUACUACGGUGUCAUUGAGGCGCUGAAGAACAAGACUGCUGCGCCGUGCAGGAGAAGACGAGCUCUGGACUCUGGCAAGAGCAGUAACCUCUACUAG